CGCUCAGGCCCCUUCACCUGGUUUUUCAGGAUUUGGUCUGGCGUGUUGCACCGCUUUCAGUUCAGUACACCCAAUCAUAAGUGUGUUAUUAUUGCAUAUACAAGACAGUGUCAGCAGAGGUCUAGAAUAGGCGGUCGAAUGCUAUCAAGGUCAGACGCAGCUAGCAUGUUGCAGGUGCAUCAUGAUGCUCAAGCGGAAGCAUUGUGUGGCUCAAUUUUCAUCAAUUUUCCCUUUUGUGGAUCACGCAAUGUCGAUUCAGCCCAUCUACCUAAGGUUGGCCAGCACUGCUUGUGCCUUGGCGGUCCUGGCUGGCAACUACCAGUGGCUGGCCUUGCUUCCGCACAAUGCAUUGAUCCCCUUGAUCCUCAGCAUCGGCACGCUGAUCGCGCUGAGUUUCAUUCAAGAUGCGGACAAAUCUGAGGAAGUUCACCACUAUCCAGCCACAGAGUGGAAAUAUCCUUUGCCAGAAGCAGGUGUGAGGGAUGGUUUUCCGAAAUAUGAUCCGGAAGCACCUGCAAAGUCAUUUGUCGCGAUUUGCGAAAGCUUGAUACAAGAAUGUACGAAAGACUUGCCCACAACACAUGAGCUUCCUUCUAUGGAGCAGAAGUGGAUAGUGGACAUGUUGGAAUACAAUGUGAAAGGCGGAAAGAUGAACCGCGGAUUGAUGGUUGUUGAGAGUGGUGCUAUCAUCCUGAGAUCUCAAGGAAAAGAACCAACUGAGGAUGACUUGAAGAAACUUGCAGUGCUGGGCUGGUGCAUCGAAUGGCUCCAAGCUUGGCUUCUUGUUGCAGAUGACUUCAUGGAUAGUUCACAGACACGCCGGGGCCAACCUUGCUGGUACAAAAAGGAUGGAGUCGAAGAAAUUGCCAUCAACGAUGCUUUUAUGAUUGAGAUGCUUGUCUACCGUGUCUUGAAACGCCACUUUUGGACGGAACCCUACUAUUUGGACCUGCUCGACUUGUUCAUGGAGACCACCUUCCAGACGGAAUGUGGACAGCUCUUGGAUCUUCAAUGCAAGAACAUUGGCCUUCAAGACUUUACCUACACUCGCUGGGAGCUCAUUGUGAAGUACAAGACCGCUUUUUACUCCUUCUACUUGCCAGUUGCUCUGGGAAUGACAGUAGCAGGGAUCAAGGAUCAAGAAGCCUACGAUGCAGCUAGAGAGCCUUUGUUACUCAUGGGUGUCUAUUUCCAGGCACAGGACGAUUACUUGGAUGCAUUUGCACCACCAGAAACCCUGGGCAAGAUAGGGACAGACAUUCAAGACAAGAAGUGUGGGUGGCUCUUUGUCCAAGCCUACCACGACUUGUGCUCUUCAGAACAGAAAGCCUUUUUGGACGAGCACUAUGGAAAGUGCAAAGUCCAAACUGAAGAGGAGCAGAAGAUCAAGGACAUUUACAAGGCGGUUGGAUUGGAGGAGAAAUACCAGAAUUACGAGACCAAGUCGUUCAAUGACAUCCUUGCCUUCAAGAGCAAAGUCACUCAAGCAAACUUGCCAUGGGAAAUGAUCGAGAUUUUCUUGAAGAAGGUCUAUAAACGUGCCAAAUGAAGUGGCGUUUCUAUUUUCCUAUCUUCUGCCCUUGCCUUGGGCCUAGCCUAAUGCCUUGGGCACAAUGCAUUCCUUUUGAGUAGCGUCCUGCAAAAGACAGUUCAGGAAACAGGUUAAGAA